AUGUCUCGCCUGGCCUCUGUUCCAAUCAUUUUUGUGUCCCUGUUCUGUGGACACGAGGCAGUAAGUGCUGCCGCAACCGAAACAGCAGCAAGGCUUGAUUGCUUGGCCGAGAUGAAUGAGGUAAGGGCAGCUGCGGGACUCGCUGCGUUUGGGAACGCAACUGCUGAUGUACAAGUGCUGCCGGAGUCCUCUUCUUCGACAAAAACGAUAACACCUGCAACUUUAUGGGCCGAAAUCUGCAAAAAAAUGAAGGGUGAUCAAACUGAAGGCACUGAAGCGAAAAAGUUACAGGGAACGUUCGCUUACUACCCCGACGGAAAAGAUUGCAAGGCAGCAGUGCAGUACUGGAAGGAAGGGUUUUCGCUCUUCAAAAAUGAGCUCCCCCCAACGUAUACAGCGUCGAAUACUCCUGCGGUGUACACCGACAGAGCUGUUUCCUUUGUCGCCCUCUACAACCCUCAGCCGAGUCCUCUAGCCAGCUGCGCCCUCGUUACUUGCACACAAGCAGCUGCGUUGGCUGCCCAAGACCCGUUAAAAAGCUCCGGUGGGCCCUCAGCAAGAAGACUUCAAGGGGAAGAGGAAGAGGAAGAGGAUAGUACGACGACUCCAACUCCCUCUACUACUACUAGUGCCGUUAUUUGCUUGACGAACCCUAAGGCACUGACGGAUGGACAAGCGCCAUUCAAGGAAGAGGUGUGGCAGAAGAUUGUUCAAGCUAUAGUUAGUACUCAGAAGGGCAACGGGGUUUCGCCAGUCAGGCCGUCACUGGCAGUUGGAUUUGUAAUGAUGCUUUUUGCUUACGGGCUUUUUUAA